UCGGUUGCGUUUCAAUACACAACUUUGUUAAACAAAAUGUCAGCUCCCAAGGAAGGCACGGAUUUCUGGGAUAAACCGUUGCCAAAAGAUAUAUGGCUGCUGAGACCUUGUGAACUCUACAAAGAAGAAUAUUCCGACUGUGAAAGUCUAGGGGGACGAUUCCACCAGUACUACAUACACGGCAAGAAGCAGGACUGUCAAAGAUGGAAGCAGGACUAUGAGAACUGUAUGGCGUUUCGGCGGUCUCCAUCGGAAGAAGUUGUGGAGAAGAUUCUGCAGCAUGAGCGCGAGAGGCGGGAGGAGAGACUGUCGGACGCCCGUGGCAAUGAUGUGUGGGAAUACAGGAAGGAGGCGCCGCAGGAUUGGAACUCUCCAGUCAUCAGGACUCCACAGCCUGGCCAGACCACCAUUCUAGGGAAAAUACAAGAAACAAAGACAUCACAAGGAACAUUAUCACAAGCUGAGAAACAGAGCAUGUGUGUUGUGUCCUGACGCUGGAGCAGAAAUUAGUCAGUUACCAUUGCAGCCCUCCCAGUUAUGGUAACCAUGGCAACCCUCACAGUAAUGAUUAACAUGGUAACCGGAGCCAGAUAGUUACCAUUUCAACAUGAAGAUUGUUGUCAUGACUACAGCUGUUGGCUAUUAAAGCUCAUACAGGUAACCAUAGCAAAUGAUGGUGGAGAUGGAACCAUAACCAUGGUAACCAAGAUAAACAAUAUUACAUUAUAUGUUUCUUGAUGGAUGUGAGUGAAGAUGUAGCACGUGAUUAGGAUGUGUGUGUUGUGUGGCCUUAACCCAGGAAAAUAUUCAAUAAAACAUUUGUAUUAUCACGGA